UCUGGCUUCUCCCCCCUCCCCUCCCCCCAGCCUUCCCUGCCCUUCGCCCCCCCGGGCUCGCGAGUCCCGCGUCGUGGCCCGAGAGAUGAUGCAGGACGUGUCCAGCUCGCCAGUCUCCCCAGCAGACGACAGCCUGAGCAACAGCGAGGAGGAGCCCGACCGGCAGCAGCCUAGUGUGGGCGGCAAGCGCGGGGGGCGUAAGCGGAGGUCCAGCCGGAGGAGCGGCGGCGGCGGCGCGGGAGGCGGCGGCGGCGCCGGAGCGGGCGGCGGCGGCGCGGGCGGCGGCGGCGGGCUAGGAACGGGGGACGACCCGGGCAGCCCGGCCCAAGGCAAGCGCGGCAAGAAGUCGGCGGGCGCGGGCGGCGGGGCCGGCGGCGGCGGGGGCAGCAGCAGCGGCGGCGGCAGCCCGCAGUCGUACGAGGAGCUGCAGACCCAGCGGGUCAUGGCCAACGUGCGCGAGCGGCAGCGCACCCAGUCGCUCAACGAGGCGUUCGCGGCGCUGCGCAAAAUCAUCCCCACGCUGCCCUCGGACAAGCUGAGCAAGAUCCAGACGCUCAAGCUGGCCGCCAGGUACAUCGACUUCCUCUACCAGGUCCUGCAGAGCGACGAGCUCGACUCGAAGAUGGCCAGCUGCAGCUACGUGGCCCACGAGCGCCUCAGCUACGCCUUCUCCGUGUGGCGCAUGGAGGGCGCCUGGUCCAUGUCGGCGUCCCACUAGCGGCGGCGGCCGCCACUCGGCUCAGGCAGGCCGUGAGACCCAGAUGGCAUUGCUUCCAGAGAAGGAGAAAAUGGACAGUCUAGAGACUCUGGAGCUGGAUAAUUACAAAUAGUGAUAAUAAUAAUUACAGAACGCCAAGGAUUUUCUUGAAAAUUGCAAGAACUAUUCUCAAAUCCAAAGCAUCCAGGCAUGGGGAGCAUUUAAGAGACCAGGGGCUUUGGAAACGGGCCUCCCAGCUGGGCAGCGGGCAAGCCAUCCUCACACCUCUACAUUCUGAUAGAAGUCUGAACAGUUGUUGUCGAUGUUAUUUGACGAAGAAUGUUAUUUUUUUUUUUAAAUUUUUAUUUCUUCCCCUGCAUGCGUUCUCAAGAGGUCGUGCCUGCCAGCCACAGAAAGGAAAGGUACUCGUUGUGAAUGGUCUCCAUUUUAAAAUGGUAACAAGCAGAGGAAAUUAAAAAGAAAACCUUUAGAGACUUAAGGGGGGAAAAAAACUCAUAAGCAAAAUCAAAACAAAACCCUGGGCUCAAACUGUUUUACACACACCUGACCCAGAUGCUUCUCUUCUUUCUUUCAAAAUUCUUCCUCUGAGAAAACAAACAAAACAAAACUAAAAAAAGUCAAACGACAUUCUAUUUAUUUAUUGAUGACCCAUGUUAAAAUGCAAAUAGAUCUGGUGUCUAAGUGCAUUCAUAUUUUUUAUGAUUGUUUUGUAAAUAUCAUUGUAUAUUAUUUUUCUGCAAUAAAUGAAUAUGAUUGAAGUUUUAAGAACC